AUGGCCAGUCGGUUUGAUCAUCCCGACGUGGCGCAGUUGCUGCGGCCUUCGAAAGUCACUACUGAUUUGGAUGAACGUGCAUCAGUGGCGAGUAGUCCACUAUCAGAAUUCAACCUCGGAUUCACUGUGGGUGAGAUACGGACCAACGUAGCCGGUGAUCGGGAAGCUGGACUUGCUCGUGCAAGGAGGAAGAUUGAGAAGCUUGAACAGCUGUUAAGACUCGCAACCUUGGACUACAAACGGCUGGGAGGAGAGCUGUCAACCGAAGGAGUGGAAGAGGGAAGGAAAUUUCGAGACGAGCAGUGUGAACUGGAAUCAUGUAAAUCGCAACUGGAACACGAAAGACUGCAGCGCGAAAAAGUAGAGGCACAACUUAAAAAAUCGCAAGACGAAGCAACCGCGUUGGUCGCUCAUUUGACGGAGCUACCGCUUACAUUUUUCCCCCGUGAGACUACUUCGCAGGAUACCAAAACGCGGAAGAAGUUGAAGAGACGAAAAAACAACGGCAGCAAGUUCGGUCACAAAACAAUGCCUCAGUAUGAGACAUGUACACCAAAGAAAGGCGUUCGAGGCAAGAGAAGCAACUGA